GGCAGGGGGCGGGCCCGGGGCCGCCGGUUAUUUGACCCGCGCGCGCGCGCCUGCUCUCCCCGCCUCCGCCCGCGCUCUGCCGCCGCCGCCGCCGCCUCCUCCUCCUCCUCCUCCGGCGCGGCCAUGCCCAACAUCGUGCUCUUCAGCGGCAGCUCGCACCAGGACCUGUCCCAGCGGGUGGCCGAGCGGCUGGGGCUGGAGCUGGGCAAGGUGGUGACCAAGAAAUUCAGCAACCAGGAAACCAGUGUAGAGAUUGGUGAAAGUGUGAGAGGGGAAGAUGUGUAUAUUAUCCAGAGUGGCUGUGGAGAAAUCAAUGAUAACUUGAUGGAACUUCUCAUAAUGAUCAAUGCUUGCAAGAUUGCAUCAUCGUCCAGAGUGACUGCAGUAAUUCCAUGUUUUCCAUAUGCCAGGCAAGAUAAAAAAGACAAGAGUCGUGCGCCAAUCUCUGCAAAACUUGUUGCCAAUAUGCUGUCCGUUGCUGGGGCUGACCACAUCAUCACCAUGGAUUUACAUGCUUCUCAGAUACAGGGUUUCUUUGAUAUUCCAGUGGAUAAUCUGUAUGCAGAACCUGCAGUGUUGCAAUGGAUUAAAGAGAAUAUUUUGGAAUGGAGAAACUGUAUCAUAGUCUCACCUGAUGCAGGUGGAGCAAAAAGGGUUACUUCAAUUGCAGAUAGACUGAACGUUGAAUUUGCUCUGAUUCACAAGGAAAGAAAGAAAGCUAACGAAGUGGACAGAAUGGUCUUGGUUGGUGAUGUGAAAGAUAGGAUAGCUAUUCUUGUUGAUGAUAUGGCUGACACAUGUGGCACAGUAUGUCAUGCAGCAGACAAAUUAGUGUCUGCUGGAGCCACUAAAGUUUAUGCUAUUCUGACUCAUGGAAUCUUCUCUGGCCCUGCUAUUUCUCGAAUCAAUAAUGCUGCAUUUGAGGCUGUUGUAGUAACUAACACAAUCCCACAGGAUGAGAAAAUGAAAAAUUGUCCCAAGAUUCAGGUUAUUGACAUUUCCAUGAUUCUGGCUGAGGCAAUCCGAAGAACACACAAUGGUGAAUCUGUGUCCUAUCUGUUCAGCCAUGUUCCACUAUAACUGCAAGAGAUUAGUGGUUUCCUAUUUGGUUGUGUUCACUGUCACUGUUCUUUUAAAUAAUGCGACUCAACAAAGAGAUGACUCUCUUGGUAAAAAGCUUCAGCUCUUGCAUACUUAAAGAUGUUUUUGUUUUCUAAUUAAUCUUUGUUCAUUGUAAAUGGGCAAUACAUCUCCAUUUUGCAAAAUCUCUUAUGAAUACACCUGACAAUUUUGAAGGGGAGGCUUCAAUACUUACCUGUGACUUAUUCCUACAGGUAACUUUUUGAUUCUGUAUUUGCCUACAGCAAGAGGGUCAAUACCAUUUCAAAACUUCUUAUAUUUGUGGGGCUGCCAAAGAGAGCCCAAUUUUAAAAUAUUUCAUAUUUAGUUUAUAUUUAAUAAGUUGGAUGGUCAAUGAUGUAGUUCUCUUGUGUAAUGCUGAACCUUUGUCUAGGCUGUUAACUGAACGUUGGAAAAAGGAUCAAAUGUGUAUUCCCUUAACAGAAAAUAUUUUCUUUCUUUUAACUUGACAGAAAUUCUGUGGUAGCUUGAUGCCCAUCUACUUCAUAUACCUCAUGAUUAAAAAUUGCUGGGCAAGUUCACUUUUUGUGGGGUUAGCAUAACUGUAGAUUAGAGAUUGUGCUCUCUUCCUACUAAACUGCUGAUUCAAAUGUUUAAUCUCUAAAGCUGGGACCACAGCCAUAAUGUGUCAAUUAUAGGCAACUUGUAUGUACACACUGGCCUUUCAAGUAACUUACUAAAGUUUGACCUUUAUUUACAUCUUCAGUUUUAACCAUGAGUCUGUCACUUUGUAGGUCUUUUCAACAAAAUUUGAGACUUCCAUGACACAAUUAAAAUGAACUAAUGACACAGUAUAUUCAGUGUGCUACAUUCUGGAGCAUAUGAAAUUCCAAAGUUCAAACAAAAAGAAAAGGAGUACUUGUGGCACCUUAGAGACUAACAAAUUUAUUAGAGCAUAAGCUUUCAUGAGCUACAGCUCACUUCAUCGGAUGCAUCCGAUGUAGCUGUAGCUCACGAAAGCUUAUGCUCUAAUAAAUUUGUUAGUCUCUAAGGUGCCACAAGUCCUCCUUUUCUUUUUGCGAAUACAGACUAACACGGCUGCUACUCUGAAAAAAGUUCAAACAGUGAUUGUGUAUGUGUGUAAAAUGGGUUCUCUUUUCCCAUGGAAAUGGAAAGUUCAUUGCACUAUGUCAUUCUGUUCUGCUCUGUUGCUCAGCUUCAGUUUUCCUAUUCAUAGUUCAGUGUUCGACAUGUCAGCCAAAACUGUUAUGUUAAUACAUCUGUUAACAUGUAAAUUUUAAUGGUCACUAGUAUUAGUAGUAUAGUAAAAUAUUUCUUAAAGCUUUCCCAUCUCCUCGCAGACAGUGGAGCUUGACCAUUCUGUUAGGUGAGAUCUUCAUUGUUGUGCAGCUAACUGAGUGGUCUGGUUGCUCAACAGUCUUAGUUACUCAGUAACAAAGGAGCAAAAACCAUUGUGAAAAUAACAGUUUGCAGCUGAAAUGUUGAGAACCUUAUCUUUCAGUACUGAUGGUAAAUUCCUUUAGAAAUUUUACAGGUUUAUGACUAAAUCAAAAUCCUUACUCUUGGAGAUUACAACUCCAAGUUCUAAAGGGACUUGGCAACCUAAAAGCAUGGAGAGCUUCAGUUGAGCUAAGAUAACAUUCACACACCUAGUUCAUGGGAGGCUAUCCAGUUUUCCACCUGAUAGUUAAUUACAAUUUCAUUUUCCAUAUCUUAGAAAUGAGUCUCAAUUGUUUUAUUGUGGUGAUUUCCCCCCCAAAAAAACCUGAUUUCUGCCAAUCAUACCAUACCAUACCAUGGUAAAACUUUAAAUAUGCUUAUUUUUCUGUUGCAUCUUAGGCAGUCUAAUGUUCUAGUCCAGUAUUUACCUAAUAUAAUUCUAAGGCUGAUCUAGUUUGCCAGCUCUUUUCGGGGAUUUAAAAAGAAUCCACUUGACUGCUUUUAUCAGUAAGGAGAAGAAUAGUGGUGGAGAGCAUAUCCAUGUCAAUAAUCCAAAGAAAACGCAAUUCAGGUGUCUACUGAGAACUUCUAGCCCUGGUUUAAUUUUCAAAUCUUGUAAUUUUAGUGACCGGAUGAAUCUGUGGCCUACCUGCUGCAGAAAAGGUUUUAUAGAGAAUUAUUUAACCUCUUGUCUUAAUUUUAGAGAUUUCUAGCUUUUACAUUGCAGUUAAGUCACCCCAAAACUAUGGCUGAUUAGCCAUGAUCGUACCAAACUUACUUUUAACUUACCUCUUCUUUUGCUAGUAUAUUUAGUACCAUAGACAAUGUUAUCUUGCUCUGCAGAUCAGGGCUCUGUUACAAAUGAAAUGUUGAACUGUUUUGCCACUACUAUGCUCAAGUAUUCUUAAUAAACCUUAAAACUGCUUGUGUUUA